UUCAUUCUCAAAUCAUUUGAUUUAGUACUUUCUAAAAUUAUUCGAGGCGUGACAAGAACGUCCGGUUCGAAAUAUAGUUAGUUCUUACAUAAGUAGAUGGUAUUAGCUUUGGCUAUCAUCUACUUGCAUCAGGCUCAGGGAUACUCCUUGUCUUUAAUUAAUCACAAGAGUCUGAAACUAGUCCUUUCACAUUAUUUGUUUGUAGUGAGUACUUACUUAGCAACCACCAUCCAAGAACAACACAGGAUCGUAGGGAUCAUCGGCUUACUUGGUUCGUAGAAGUGCUCCUUUAAGACUAAGUGGGAGUACUCGUUGUCUCUCCGGAGCAGUGGCGCUAACGCGGUGGUUUUUCAAGGAAUACUAAUACUCUCUAUAAGUUCAUC